AUGUCUCUCAAGCAGGCUGUUUCGCGAAAAAUCAUGAAUGAUGUGAUAAUUCCAUUAAAAAAGCCGAAAGAGUGGAAAGUACUCGUGUUAGACAAACUUUCAACCAGAAUGGUGUCUUCCUGUUGCAAAAUGCACGAAAUUAUGAAUGAGGGGAUAACUCGUACGUCUCGAUAUCAUUUGAAUAUUUUUUUAGUCGUGGAAGAUAUUGCUAAACGGCGGGAAGUACUUCCUUUGGAUGCUAUAUAUUUGAUAACUCCAUCAGAAAAAUCUAUUCAAGCUCUUAUGAAUGACUUCCAGGGUCCGCGGUAUCAGUACAAGGCUGCGCACGUUUUCCUCACUGAAGCCUGUCCAGAUGAACUUUUCAAUCGACUUUGUCAAUCGAACUGUGCGAAUUUUAUGCAAACUUUAAAAGAAAUCAAUAUUGCCUUCUUACCCGUCGAGAGCAGAGUUUUUUCCUUGGACUCUCCGGAGAGUUUCCAGUUCUACUUCAAUAGUCAACAACACGGCGGUCAAAUGCAUCAUUUGGAACAUAUCGCUGAACAAAUCGCUACAUUGUGUGCAACCACUGGAGAGUACCCACCGAUUCGAUACCGAAGUCAGCAUGAGAAGAAUUGUGAAUUUGCGCAGCUCGUGCAGCAGAAAUUGGAUGCGUACAAAGCUGACGACCCUCAGAUGGGUGAGGGACCUCACAAGGACCGAAGUCAGUUAAUAAUUCUCGACCGUGGCUUCGAUCCAAUAUCUCCAAUUCUUCACGAAUUGACUUUCGAAGCGAUGGCUUAUGACCUGCUGGCCAUUGAAAAUGAUGUGUAUCGGUAUAUCAACACCUCUGGGCCGGAGGAACGUGAAAAAGAAGUCAUUCUGGAUGAAACUGACGACUUAUGGGUUGAGCUGCGUCAUCAACACAUUGCGGUCGUUUCUCAACAGGUGACCAGCAAGUUGAAGAAAUUUGCAGAGGAGAAGCGGAUGAUUAGCACUGGUGACAAAAACACGAUGCGUGAUUUAAGCCAGAUGCUCAAGAAAAUGCCACAGUAUCAGAAGGAACUAUCAAUGUACUCAACCCACUUCCACCUGGCCGAAGAUUGCAUGCAAACGUACCAAAACUACACGAACAAGCUAUGCAAAGUGGAACAGGUAUGGUAA